GGCUGUCCAAUUCGAAGGCUGCUCCAAAUGCGUCCUCCAUUUCCCCGGAUUCUAUCCCAGAAUUCAUAGCGCGGCCCAGCCAGUAACAGUUUGCAACAAUGGCGGCAGAUACAGAGUCGGUAGAGAUGGCAUCGGAGGAAACCUACAUUUUUAAAUGGAGCAAAGAGCAGACGGCGGAGUUUAUUAAACUCCGCGGAGACAACGAGCACCUUUUCACCGGUGCUAAACACUCAGCCGCUCUGGGUUGGAGGGCAGUUCUUGAGAAGAUGGGCCUGCUGGGAAAAAUCACCCCGUUACAGGCCAAAAAAAAAUGGGACAAUUUAAAAAAAAAAUACAAAGAUUGCAAGUAUCCAGGGUCAGGCGAGGGAGGGAGUGAGAAGCCCACUGCUGCUACAUGGCCCUGGUUUGCCCUUAUGGAUGAAGUGUUAGGACAGAGGCCUUCCACCAGACCUCAAGUCCUAAUUACCUCCAUCCAGGACAACACUCCAGGUCCCAGUUCAGCAGUAGGAAACCAAGCGUGGGAUCAGGAGGAGCAAGAGGAUGAUGGCCAGCUGGAGCCAAGAAGGGAAAAGAGAAAGAGGAACUGGGAGAGCGAGUUGUUGGAUUUGAUCAGAGAAGAUAUGAGGUUGCAGAGGGAAAUUGAGGAAAGAAGAGCAGAGGAAGCAAGACAGAGAAUGGACAGGCUGUUUGGGUUAUUGGAAAAACUUGUUGAAAAAAAAUGUGUAAAGUUCUGUAAAUAAAAAUCAUUGUGAAUGCUUAAA